UAACAUCAACCGAAUUAUCUUUGAUUAAAAAUAUUCACGCCAUAAGUGUCUGUAGAACUAUUUGCAGAAUUCAGACCUCGGUGGUACACUUUAUUUAUCGCGAUACACUACAAAGAUAGCAGAAAUGAUAUUACAUAAGUGAACAAGAAAAAUCUAUACUUUGAUAUUUUUUUUGAUUCCAAGUAAGAAAACAGAAUCGGCCAAUAACUUGACAGAAGUUCAAUGCGCAAGUGCGGACAAGAGAGGAGAGAGUAUCAGAGAAACUAUGAGUUUGAGUAUCCCUGGUGCUAGGAGCCACUAUACAGUACUGCUUAUAUAAAGGAGUCUCCCAACUAUACAAGCAAUUGAUUGCAAUAUCGACCCUAAUGUAAAAAUUUCCUCAGGACCUAAACGGGGUAUUAAGACAGAUCCCAAUCCGAAACUCAUCACGAUCGGGUCCGGAUUACUCUUCUCAAAUACAGAAACAAAAUAAUUUCCAGAGGGAACUUGAGUGAAAAGGUAUUACACUUCUGUACGUGAUCAAACUGCAAAAUCGCAACACCUCUUGGAUAUAUGUAUUGGUAUAGAAAACUUUGAUACGUUGUUCUCUUGUAAGUUGUACGACGGAAUCAAUAUUUGCAUUUGAAGAGUUUGUUUCUGGGAGUUACUUUGGACAGUUUUCUUUGCUUGGGGUUUGAAGCAGAGUGCUGUGAUGAAAAAGGCCGGUGGAUGAGAAGAAGCCCCCAAAUGGCACACGGCCCGAUCGAUGGAGUACUGCACGAUCCAUAAGUUUACUACUAUGCGUAUAUUAUCAUAUGCCAGAUUUGAACAGGUUGAAUAACUAAAACUACAGAAUGUGGACACAGUGGUAAAAACCGUCCGAGUGCGAAAUUUUAAUUCUUGAAAUGGGUUCUUCUAGCUUGCAUACAAGUGGGAAAGGGACAUUUAUAGGCAAGGUUCCGCCUAGUGACAUGGGCAAGGACCAGACGACUUCCAAAUUAUGGAAGGUAGUGACAGAAGCGAGCACAGGACUGAAGCGGGCAAAUUUGAGAGCGCCAUACACAGAAAGCGAGACCGGAAAUGACAAAGAAGAGACAACUAACCAGUCCAUGCCAGACUAUUUGAUCGAAUUAAUAUGUUCGGGUUUAAAUGAAACAAAUUCGGAAUACGUAAGCGUAUGUGUGAAUAACAGUGCCAAUGUGUCGUCAACAAUGUCCAAUGUGAACGAGAGUUUCCCAUACGACAACAGUACUUCCGGUCCGGACUUUGAGGGGGAGUACCGUUACUGGAUUCUCGCUCUGAUUCUGUUUCCUCUGUUGACUGUGUUCGGCAAUGUGCUCGUGGUGAUGAGUGUUUACCGAGAGCGAAGCUUGAGGACCGUCACCAACUACUUCAUCUGCUCUCUGGCUGUCGCUGAUAUCAUGGUUGCUGUGAUGGUGAUGCCGCUGGCCAUAUAUCUAGAGGUGACGCAAAUAUGGUUGCUAAGUGACAUUCUAUGCGAUGCAUGGGUGGCUUCUGACGUCUUGUCGUGCACAGCGUCCAUUUUGAAUCUCACGGCAAUCAGCGUAGAUAGAUUUAUUGCUGUCACUCAGCCGAUAAAGUAUUCUAAACACAAGAACUCAAAGAGAGUCUUCGUGACCUUGGCCUUAACCUGGAUAAUUUCCUUGGCGAUCGCCGCCCCUAUCGCUCUUGGGGUCAACUACUCCGCUACAAGGAAAGAGGGAAUGUGUGCUUUCUUUAAUUCGGAUUUCCUCAUAUACUCCUCCAUGGGCUCCUUCUACAUUCCUUCCAUUAUUAUGAUAUGCCUAUACUGGCGAAUAUACCGCGUGUUGCAUUUACGAGCUCGACAUGCCAAUAAGUCCAAAAAAGCCAAAAAGUUGAAACUUAGAAACGAAGCGAAUGUGAUAGAAAACUCUGCAACUGUGAACGCAGGUCGGACCGAACCAUCCGCCACGACAAUGCUUAACGUUGCCAUUGACAACGGAAAAAUAUCAACGUACAAUACGAACAAAUGUUCGGACCAGUUAACCAUGCAAAUAAAUGAAGAACCGUCAGUCAACGUAAAUUCCGAUUCUAGUGACAGGUAUAAUGACGACGGAAGUGUUCAGAAGAGCCCCGGAAGUGAGGACGGAGAGGACGACGAAGUAGUCGGUGCGUUAAUAGUCAAUCCUGUGGCUGUUCGCCAUGUUGAGAUUCAGCUCGAUGGGAACGGAAAUGGCACAUGCGUGGCUGAGACGCAAACGGACGAUGAAACAAGAUUUUGUGAAAAUAACCAAAAUAAAUCAGUAACGCUUGUAAAUGACAAUGAAUGCAAGCUAAAUUCAAACGCUCGAAAAUCAAAUAACCAAAGACGGAAAGACAAACGAGGCGUGGCAAAGUUCAAUUUCCACAUGCGUAGUAGCCGAAAGCGGAAAGAGAAAUCUUCCAAUCGUAAAGAACGGAAAGCCACCAAAACCUUAGCCAUAGUGUUAGGCGUCUUUCUAGUUUGCUGGGUGCCAUUUUUUACCAUCAAUAUCAUCAACGCCAUCUGUCUGCGGUACGACGGCAGGAACACUAACCCAAUGUGUCACCUGGAUGAUAUCCUGUUCAGUCUUUUUACAUGGUUAGGCUACAUAAACAGUUUUCUUAACCCGGUGAUAUAUACAAUAUUUAACCCCGAGUUCCGGAAGGCGUUCAAGAAAAUCCUAACAGAAAGAUGUCCAUAAAAACGAUUCUUCGAGAUUUCUAAGAACCGUCUGUUGUAGCCUGGGAGGACAACACGUGACCCACUGACGUCAUUUGGUUGUUACGUGUGGGUCCCUUUCGUGCAUCGCCUUGUAUUCUGACGUAAUACUGACGUAAUACUCCUCAUAUGAUACAUGUCCAUUCUGACUUUCUACAUGGCAUAAAACCCAAUGCUGGACGACAAAAGUAGCGGUUUCACAUCAUUAUAUUCCCAGAAUAGAUAUCACUUUUAUUAUCAGUCAAGCCCUGUUAUUAGUUUUGUUGAACUAACGCCAUACAAUUAAUUCUUAGAUUAAAUCAUUUAGUAAAUUAACAACAUUAAUUAGACAACUAAAUUUGAUUAGUUGUAAAAUGGUGCAUGCUUAUCAUUCAUACCAAUUCAUGCCAGCAUUUCCCCAUCAUUUAUAGAUGUGCAAUGAAUUGUUAAUUAUCAUGAGUGAUAGCUCGGCUUAUUGUUAUCAUAAAAAUUGUCAACGGUCACUUGAGACUUUAGUAAGAAGACUCAAUAAAAGAAUAAA